GGGAGGGGAAGGUAGAUGGAGGGAUAGGAGGAACAGAAGAACGGAGCCAAAGCGUGAAAUCGAGGUAAAUUGGCACGCACAGUCAGUGAAGAGGGCUUCAGUGACAGGCGGCGGCGGCGGUGGUGGUGGUGGUGGGUGUCUGAAGAGAGGGGAGAAAGAUCGAGGGGACCUGGAGGGAGGAGGAGGAAGAGACGCGGGGAGAUGUUGACAUCGAGGGUUAAAGGCGAUCUCGUGUGACCGUGAAGACCCCGGGGGCUGCCACGCGCUUUUCUUUGGCACAACUGGAGUUCUUGGCCGGUUGCACAAACACGCGGAGACAAAAUGUGCAUUAGUUUACCCUGCUGCUGCUGCUGCUGCUUAAAGCUGUGAAGCGAAACGCUUUCGCUUAAGUCGCCCUAAGCAAAUGAACACAGCCCUUUGCCUCUGAAGAGACUCGUCUCAUGUCGUUGGGUGCUCGUCUGUGCUGAGCUGCUGGAGCUGCAUCGUGGCGUUGUGGGAGGCCUUUCUGGGCCAGCCAGAGUUUCAUCGACUGCGCAGGGGCUCUGGGGACACAUCGUGCGGUGCGUGGUUUCUCCGGCGCCCUGCUUGAGAUGGCGGGAGAUGAGUUCCCCGGAGCGGGAAGUCAGCGGGGGGUCGAUGGAUCCGGGGGAACCGAAUAUCAAGUGGGAGUUUACGGGUGGCGCAAGCGCUGCCUCUACCUGUUGGUGCUGCUGCUCACAGUUAUCCUGAUUGUCAACCUCGCGCUCACCAUGUGGAUCCUCCGCGUCAUGCACUUCAACCUGGAUGGGAUGGGCCAUCUCAGAAUGUCCGAGGAAGGCCUCCGUCUCGAGGGAGAAUCCGAGUUCCUGCUCCCCCUGUAUGCCAAGGAGAUACACUCACGCAAGGAGAGCCCACUGCUCAUGCAUUCAGCUCGGAACGUGACGGUGAACGCACGCAACUCGGAUGGGCACGUGACAGGGCGACUCACAGUGGGAGCGGAUGCGCUUCACUACGAGGGCUCGCGUCUCGAGAUCACCUCGCCCCAGGGCCGAUCGCUGUUUGUGGCCUCUGAUGACGAGGUGGUGGUCGGGGCCGACCGCCUACGGGUUACCGGGGCCGAGGGAGCCAUCUUCGAGCACUCGGUACAGACGCCGCAGAUCAGAGCGGAGGCCUUCAACGAACUCAAGCUGGAGGCCCCGACGAGGUCUCUGACCAUGGACGCACCCAAGGGAGUUAGCAUCCGGGCCGAGGCGGGCGGGCUCGAGGCAAUGUGUCGAACGGACAUCACCCUGCAGUCCACAGAGGGCGCGGUGGUGCUCGAUGCUGCACGCGUGCUUCUGCCGAAAUUGCCCGAGGGCACAAGAGGGUCAGGAGGGGCAGUGGGAGGUGCGGGGGGUCCCGUGUACGAGCUUUGUUCGUGCCCCAACGGAAAGCUGUACCUGGCAGAGGCUGGGCCCCGCUCCACCUGCCUGGAGCAAAGUGGCAUCUGUCAGUAGCGCAAAAUGUGCUUGCGUGCACACACACACACACAUAAACCUGCGCACACAUGGACAAGCGCGUGCACACGGUAUAGACACGUAACAACAACUGCCUUUCACCGCGAAGUGGCGGUAACGUCACCACGGCGCUUGUGCCAUGUAAGGUGCACGUAGAAACAUACACACGGAUGCACAGAAAUUCACAGAUGUGCACAAUUACAGAUGCACACAGACAUACGGAACACACAAACGCACACAGAUGCAUGCACAGUAUACACUUAUGCGCACACAUAUGCAGACAGAUGCAUAGACACAUUCAGAUGUAUACAGUGAUACACACAGAUGAGCACAUUUUUAUCACACACAACCGCAGAGAUGCACAUGCAGCCUUAUACUCAAUGUGUACACAGAGAUGCAUGCACACAUGCAGAUAGAUCUGUGGGAAGAUAGAUGCAUCUACACACAGAGAUGCAGAUACAAUUGGGUGCUCAAGUACAUGCAAAUACAACAAACUUGGAGGUGGUGACACCACUACAGCUCCUGUGUGAGGCUUAGUCUGCACACACCAUGCACUACCAUGCACUACCAUGCACUACCAUGCACAUGCACUCAAGCACACCAUGCACUACCAUGCACAUACACUCAAGCACACCAUGCACUACCAUGCACAUACACUCAAGCACACCAUGCACUACCAUGCACUACCAUGCACACACCAUGCACUACCAUGCACUACCAUGCACACACCAUGCACUACCAUGCACUACCAUGCACACACCAUGCACUACCAUGCACUACCAUGCACAUAGACUCAAGCACACCAUGCACUACCAUGCACUACCAUGCACAUACACUACCAUGCACAUACACUCAAGAACUAAUAUAUAUAGACUCGCGCACUGCGCUCGUAAAUCUGUUUACGCAUAUAUGCUCACGUGCAUACAGGCAUAUACACAUACAAUGUGACACUGGUUCAUUCACUAAACACAUUCGUUGAAUAGCAUACCCACUCAUGAAUACAUAAGAGUGUACAUACGUACAUAUAUAGUGUUAUUAAAACAUUUUUUAAAAAGGGAACUAUUUUUUUGCUGAAAGGAAAAUGAAAGUUGACACUUUGACCAGCACACGUUCUGCAUUUAUAUUUAAAACUAAAUUAACAAAAAUCCCCAAUUUGUUCAGGAUUGACUGUUGUGGCAUUCACAAGUUAGCAAGUGUCUGUUAAAGGGGACAGCAUUACACGGGAAGGAUUCGGUGUGGCCAGCACCACGCACAACCAACCACCAUUAUCUCCCAAGCAGAUAUUCUCAAGGCCCCAGGUAUUUAGUUUAGGCUGAGAUAACCUAGGGGAGAGACUCAUGCCCAGUUCACUUACCAACUGCAAAAUCUGCAUCAUGAUCAAGAAUUGAACCCAGGUUCAUCUGGGAUUGCAGUCUAUUGCACAAACCGCGAUGCCUCUGCUCAUGCACAUGACAAAGAUCCCUGUUUAACCAUAGACUGUUGGAGCCAGUACUGUUAGCGAAUACCUAUUGAGGUCACCAUAACAUGAAAAGGUGUGUGAGCCAGCACUCGUACAUGCCUGGCCACCUUUAUAUCUCGUUAUGAUGCUCAUACGCCGCACCAGAUGCAGUCAUUGUAGACUGAGUCAAGUUAAGAUGGGCCCAGACCAAAUUUGAUUCCUAUACCACAGUUCCUGAAAUCAAACUGGUAUGUCAGGAUGGUUGUGCAUUGCAUUUGAUGCACACAUGACAUUUCAUUUACACGUACCACAAACAUGCAUACAUGUAUAUACUGUAAUCUCAUUGACACACAAACACAUGUACAUAUUCAUACACGCAUAAAUAUUUUCCACCACAUGCACACAUUGGGUUCAUUCGCAUUCAGACACGUACACGUAGUAUACACGUAACCCACUUGUACUUCAUAACACGUACCCACACACACACACACGAUUCUUGUAAAACACGUGUGUUUGUACAUUGUGUCUCCCCGGUCGUCAUGGUGUUGUCGCUCUCGUCGCUGCUCUGUCAUCGCAAAUCUUCGAUCCCAGACGCAUUUCACCCGAUCCCCCCAAGGCCCUUGUGACACUGGCUCGGAGAGGUGACCAGGUGGCUCUAGAAGCUUCUUAAUGGCCAUGUUGGAGCGCUAAGAUCAACACCUGCUUUCCUAGGCUCAAUGAAUGAAGCUGCAUAUCUCCCGCUCUGUCGGGCGGUUCCUAAUGGCUGUAUUGGAAGCACUGAAGCAGCACAUUGGAGGUUCUUGGUUCAAUCUACAUGGCUAGAUGUCUUAGGUGUUCACAAUUAUCCGUAGUAGUGACAUCACAGGCAUCUGCAGUGGACAACCAGUGCACCUCAUGCUUAUCUGUCAAAAACAGCCUUCAUGGGUCUCUACCAAUGCUAGGUUGCACUCGCUACAGCUAUGUGGAGAUGUGGUUCUCUCCAUGUAUCAUGUCAAGUCUCAAGGAGACUCGUUUUUCACAAUGUUGAGUGUCUCACGGCUUUGCAAUGGAUUUUCACAUGUUUUGUUUACCUGAAAUGAAUACUCAGCCCAAUGUAUUGCAGUGUCUCACCGGGCAGCUGCUGAUGGUUCAGGUCUUAUGUGAGGGUCAGCUCAAAAGUCAAGAAAGUAAUAACUAUUCAAGGUUAUUUAAUUUACUAUGGGGGUGUUCACGAAGUGGUGCACAUUAGCUUAUUGAUACUAUGGAAACUCAUUUAGUAACCCCCCCACCCCCAAUUGUAUCAAAGUGUACUCGCCCUUGCAGUCACAGUUCUGAGUCUCAGUUUCUUGGUUUCCCUCCGUUUCCCCAAACUUUUUCACUCCGUCUCACAGAAUGUUGUACCCUCUGGGGUUGGCAAGUGUGAUGUAGGUUUCAAAUGAGCUGAGAGGCAGUCUUGACUGAAUUAAACUUACGACGCCCUGUUCCGAGCAUGGCCAUUGAGUGCCCCGAGAGGCAGAGCCACCCUGCUGACUCCACUCGCUGUUAAUUCGUUUUAAAUUGGACAUGAACCAUACAGCUUUUACACUUGACUGGAGCAUCAGUUUGUCCAAGUGCUUGGUGUGUGUCGCCUCCCCACCCACCCACCCACCACCCCCCCACCCACCACCCCCCACCCACCCACCACCCCCCACCCCACCCCAUCAUUGUUGCAAGAACAAAAAAAAAUCUAUGCAAGCUGUUGAGUGUCGCAAUACAAAACCAAAUGUAUUUUAAAAUACUAGUAUUCCUGUUAUUAUUGCUGUUACUAUUAUAAUGGUUAUGGUUAGUCACUCAUAUGACAUUAUUUAUUAUGAUUUUAAGGGCAAAGUGUCUCAUUGCUCAUUGGGCAGAAUGGCCUUCUUGCCAUUCUCGGUCGGUGGUGGAAAUUCCACGACUGAGCGUGGGAGCACGAAGACAACAGCCCCCCACUGCUCGUCGUCAACUGCAUGACGCGGUGGAGACCCUCCGAUACCAGAUCACUUCAUCCAAUCCCUUGGGGAAUGAUGAUGGGGUUAAAUCAACAUUUGGCCAUUAUCUCAAUUGAGGAUUUGAAGCCCUGAUGUUCAACUGUUAUCACAUUAUUAGUCAUAGAAUUACAAGCUGUCGGUGUUAUAAGGCUGCAAAUGUUAAGGUUUUUGCAGUACAGUGCUCAAAUGGGACCCUUUGGGACCCACUGGCUCAAUUGGGAGUCAUAGCUUUGAGUCGCAGCCUUAUACACGAGGCUAUACUUUAUUGUGCACAUACUGUUGUGGCAGAUUAAAAUGAGCCCAAAAGUAGUGCCAAUUCCCCCAUUUUUGAUCAUUAACAUUGGCACAUUUUCAUCUAAAAAUAUCUGACAAAUUUCUAUUCAGAUGAUAAACGGGCCCUAAAUCUUACACCAGUCAAAGUGUAUCUUUGCUCAAACAACCUUGAAGUAGUGCUCAUCAUCAUUGGCAGCCCUGAGCCUGGGGUAGAAAUUGCUAUGACAGGACAAUAGGAGAGAGCCAACUGCUGGCUUUGCAAAGUUGCGGUUACUGUCAAUCCCAGUAGGAAUAUGGGCUGAGUCAGGCACCAAGCAAGAUUUGAACACGAUUCCGAAUUAAACGUUCUUACCAUUGCCGUAUGGGUGGUUUAAAUGCAGUAUAUAGGUACGAAUUUACAAACAGCAUCACACAGGGCUCAGUUUUACCAGACAGGGUUUUAAAGUUUAAAAGUGGGCAAAUUAUGUAAAUAAUAAUAGUAAUGUUUUUGACUGCUAAAAAGGGAUAAAAAACAAUGGAUGUAGUAAAUAUGUAUUUUGAAAAGAUAUUGUAUAGAAGCCUUUGCUAAAAUAAUGCAUAUUAAAAACGUGGGGGAACCCCCAUGAAAAUGCCGGUUAUAUUUUGAAGAAUUAAAGUGUUGUGCAUUUGUGUCGAGUUUGUAUUGUCACAUGAACCCACAUACUGUUGGAUGAUAUUAUAACUGGUCACAUUAGUAGUCAUUCCCAAACUAAUAUCCAUCCCCUGUAGGGCUGCCAUUUACAGCUAAGAGGAAAUUGGUGAGCACAUCAAACUGGCACUCCAAUAAAAUGAAGUCUUUGUA